AUGAAGACUGUAUUAAUUACUGGUUGUUCGUCAGGGAUUGGGUAUCAAUUGGCGCUUGAAUUUGCAAAACGUGGUUAUCUGGUUUUCGCAUGUGCACGAUCUAUUGGGCCAUUGCAAGAGCUAGCGUCCAAGUACCCAGAAAACAUCAUUCCAUUUACGCUGGACAUUUCAUCCCUUGAUUCAAUCAACCGAGGAUAUGAAUUUGUGAAAUUCCAACUUGAGGAACGGAAACUCGACGGUCUCGACGUUUUGUAUAACAAUGCUGGCUCCUCUUGUACGUUCCCAGCAAUCGACGUGCCUGACCAGGCACUAGUUCAGUGUUUGGAAGUUAAUAUUGCAGGACAUGUACGCAUGACACAUGCGUUUUCACGUUUGGUUAUUGCCAGAAAGGGUACAAUUGCAUUUACGGGAUCUGCAGCGGGAUAUUGUCCGUUCCCUUGGGGAUCAGUAUAUGGCGCUUCCAAGGCAGCAAUUGGUCAGUAUGCGUCAAUUUUAGCAUUUGAAUUGGAACCUUUUGAUGUGAAGGUCAAGCAUUUUAUCACCGGCGGGGUGAAGACAAAUAUUGCCGACAAGCGACCAUUGCCUGAAGAUAGUAUUUACAACAUUGAAUCAAUGAGAGUGGCCUUUGAGGAAAGACAGAAGUUUGCCGAGCGUAACAAUCCGUUACCGGCUGAUGUCUAUGCCAAGCAGGCGGUUGAUGCGAUUGAGAAGGGCUGGAGAUCAACUGUUGACGUCUACUUGGGUACAUGGAGAUCGUUGCCAAGAAUUGUAGCUAUUGUUCCUAGAUGGCUAAUAUUGGCUAUUUUCAGGGUGAAGUUUCAUUUGCACAGUGUUUGGAGAGAACUUCGUCAUCUAAAGAGUGACUAG